GGGUGUGGGGGGGGAUUUCUGCAUGCUCACAAUGUGACAGGGAUAGAGCGACUCCAUUCUGGAGAAAGAGACAGAGGUGGAGAGGAAACACAGAGAUGGGGACGGUGCAGUGAGAGCUAGUUGGGAAAGAUCUGCACACACACGUGAGUAAAACAAUAGGUGGAGGGGGAAAGAGAGGGGAGGUUUAGGGGCUAGAGGAGGUUAGGUUGGGUGAUGGGAGUCAAGAGGAUGGAGCCCAGAAAUAGGCUUUACAGGACGGCUCUUCAUGUGCCGCAGACGUGACUCUGAGCACUAGUGGGCUGAAACUGGCUAACAGGGGAACAAGACAGGACGGAAGGUCUGCAGCGUCUUGGUUUAGCCUCACUGGAUGCAGCAAGCCAGCUGAUUUAUUACUAAAGGGCUUGGUGGCAGCGUGCGUGUGUGUGUUAGUGUAUAUGAGUGUGUGUGUGUGUUUUUACGAGUCCUUGCACUGUAGCGCUUGGAGCUUUGGAAGAGACCAUUCCUCCAGUCAUAAAAUGACAUUCAGCAGGCAGGAGCUGUGUGUGUGCUGCUGCAGUCUUCAGUAGGAAGUGGGAGAGUGCGCUUUUAGGUGCAGAAGAGCAGAGGGUCUAGAGACAAUGCAAGGACGGCCACAGAGGAGCACUGAUGGCAAGGAGGCCAGUUGAAGUAUAGAAGGAGGAGCACCAAGAGGGUAAAGGGUGGAGGGAGAGAGAGGCAGCAAAGAGGGGGUGAUCAUGGCUGUCAAGCAGUGAGCUAUAGCAUAUGCUGUAGUGCAGAACAGAGUGGUGCGGCAGGGAGGACAGGCAUCACUGCACAGGAGAGGAGGUGGGGUGAAGGCGAGAGGGAGGAGAGGGCUGAGGGGUGGUAGGCAAUCAGUUCAGCACCUCUCCACCACUGGCAAGAGAAUCAUCGCACGGCAAGCCCGGGGGAAGCACAAAAGCAUCACCCAAAAGGUGUAGAGGUCAACAGGGAGCCAGUGCAGCACUGAGGUCAACGGGCAAGGGGGGCGCAAGGAAGAAAGGUUGAGUACCCCGUUUGGUGUGACUAUACCCUGACACCUCACCAUGGGAGAGUGGACCAUUUUGGAGCGGCUGCUGGAGGCGGCUGUCCAGCAGCACUCUACUAUGAUUGGCCGGUGGCCAGCAAAAGGAGACCAAAGGGAUGUCCGUGUUGCUCUGUUUCUACUGGAUGUGAUCCUGCUGACAGUGGUGGUGAUCUUCCGUAUCCUGAUAGUGGGCAUAGUGGGUGAGAAAGUGUACGAGGAUGAGCAGAUCAUGUUCAUCUGCAACACAAUGCAGCCCGGCUGCAACCAGGCUUGCUACGACAAAGCCUUCCCCAUCUCGCACAUCCGCUACUGGGUCUUCCAGAUCAUCCUGGUGUGCACCCCCAGCCUGUGUUUCAUCACCUACUCCGUCCACCAGUCGGCUAAAGCCCGGGACCGCAGCUACUCCCUCCUGCACCCUUACAUGGAUCACCACGGCCACGGCCACCACGGCCGCCAUCACGACCAUCAUGCUCGCAAGCUCCACGCCCGCAACAUCAACGGAAUCCUGGUGCACCCUGACAGCAGUAAGGAGGACCACGACUGCCUGGAGGUCAAGGAGAUCCCUAACGGACCUCGAGGGCUCCCUCAAACGCACAAGAGCUCCAAAGUGCGACGACAGGAGGGAAUCUCCCGUUUCUACGUCAUACAGGUGGUGUUCCGAAACGCGCUGGAGAUCGGGUUUUUGGCGGGGCAGUACUUCCUGUACGGCUUCAACGUGCCGGGAAUGUUCGAGUGCGACCGCUAUCCGUGCGUGAAGGAAGUGGAGUGUUACGUUUCUCGCCCCACCGAAAAGACCGUCUUUCUGGUCUUCAUGUUCGCUGUCAGCGGCAUUUGCGUGGUGCUCAACCUGGCGGAGCUCAACCACCUGGGCUGGCGGAAGAUAAAGACCGCCAUCCGGGGGGUGCAGGCCCGCAGGAAGUCCAUCUGCGAGGUGCGCAAGAAGGAUGUGUCUCAUCUGUCACAGACCCCCAAUCUGGGCAGGACCCAGUCAAGUGAGUCGGCUUAUGUUUGACAGAGGCUUUACCGCCUGGGGGUUCGAGGUACAUUCAGGACGUUUUGGCAACGGACCCCUGAGCAUCAGCGCACAAAAAGUCACCGCCGCGUUAAAACGACUUAUAAGCGCGGACUGACUGUCAGCUUUAAGUCAAGACACAUUUCAGAUUCCUGAACCUGACUUUUGGUGCUGCUCCGAAAGGACGGAGUGUUGUACUCUGCCUAGGUGACACUAGGUGCCUUUAAAGAACCCAACAGACAUAAAUGAGCAAUUUAAUAACCACUAAAAUACUGUAAAGGUGUAGGUUGAAACGGCGUUAAGCGACGCCCCUCAUUAUUUGCCUUUGUUGUAGCUCAUGAGUAAUGCUCUCGUUUUCCUAAAAUAUGUGCACAUAUGCAAAAGCCUGGCGCAUGAGCGUGGGGGAACAAAAGCCAAUCGUUGACAUGAGUCGAGAACAGUCAAAAAAGAUCCUCUGAGAUGCUGAGGGAGGGACUCAAACAUCUCGUUUGUAUUGUCAAAAAGUACACAAUUAGGCAUUAAAUAUAGCAGCGCUUACUCAGAACGGCCUCGUUGCUUUGGUCAGCAAUUUGGCAAAGCGUCAGUGGAACACACACUCACUUACCUCCCAACACUGUGUUACACACCUCAGUGCUAAGGAUGCCUGCAAGGCCGGACCUUUACGGUGAGAAAAAAAGAAAGAAGAAAAGGAAGUCAAGAGAAACACUUUGUGUGUACGAUCACCAUCGUAGGGCACAACACACACACACAAACACACACACGCACACUGACACAUCUUUUCAAUGCAACGGUAAUAUAUAUACAUAUAUAUUGUUGUCACACAGCUUUUUCACAAGCAUAUUUGGUGCCACAUUUCAAAGGUACUGUACGUAGAUGAAUUCUCCUGAGAGUUAAUGAAGAAAACUCCUAGAUGACCAGCUUUAAUAACGUGUAUUAUCAAUGUGCUCUUUGUUAAGCGUCCAUCCGUCUUACACAAAACAUAUGUUCUGACCCCAACCCCUGUCGCCCGCCCCGCCCCUAUGGACUGAAAAAGGCAUGUUAAAGAAGCAUUAACUAGAAUGGAUAGAUUAAGACAUAUGACUUAAGAAGAGUUUUAUUUAUUUGCAUCCUGCUCCUGUGAAAUGUACUCAGCAUGCAUUACGAUGAAGAAAAAAAAAGUACUACAUAGCCUCCUAGGGUGGGAACACUGACAGCGAAUAUUGGAAAGGCUCCCGAACCGCAGCAAUAAUAAUAAUAUAUGAUAUGUGAGAAGAAAAUAAGUGAAUAAAUGAUUAUGCAAACAGUUUUAUUGGCCUUUGUUCCUUCCGUCCGUCAUUCUUAAAGCUUUUCCCGUGCAGGGUGUUAAAAAAAAUAAAAAAGGAAAAUACAAGAUGGAUAUAUUUGUGUAUGAAGUGUUGAAGAUAAUCCACAAGACAGCGAGGAUGAGCAAAUGUCCGUCACUUUCCUGACAGUAAGCUUUUCUGUUUAUUUAAAUUUGCUAAUUACAUAGUCGUAAAAAAGAAUGUAGCAUAGUAUCACAUGUUCUGCCACCUAUAGCAUUAGAUUUCAAUUUUUUUUACCAAGUACCACCAAGGAAAAUAACUUGGCUCUCCAAGCACCACCAUAAUGACCAACAUUAAAAUACAUUAGUAUUGUAGGCCUAAGUAUUCAUUAAAAACAAGACAGAAGUUUUAUUUAAAGGGGAACAUCAUCACCAGACCUAUGUAAGCGUCAAUAUAUACCUUGAUAUUGCAGAAAAAAGACCAUAUAUUAUUUUAACCGAUUUCCAAACUCUAAAUGGGUGAAUUUUGGCGAAUUAAACGCCUUUCUAUUUAUCGCUCUCGGAGUGAUGACGUCAGAACAUGAACGUCACCUAGGUAAUAAAGCCGCCAUUUUCUCAAACACAUUACAAACACCGCGUCUCAGCUCUGUUAUUUUCCGUUUUUUCGACCAUUUUCUUUAACCUUGGAGACAUCAUGCCUCGUCGGUGUGUAGUCUGAAGGUAUAAAAACACUAAGGGAGGGAUUCAAGUGGCACCACUGGCCCAAAGAUGCGAAAGUGGCAAGAAAUUGGAUGAAAUUUGUUCAAAAUAUGAGGGUGUGGGGAAAGCCGACGAAAUGGUCAGACGUUUGUUUACCGACGAAAGCUAUGCUACUACAGAGAUGGCAAGAUUGUGUGGAUAUCCUGCGACACUCAAAGCAGAUGCAUUUCCAACGAUAAAGUCAAAGAAAUCUGCCGUCAGACCCCCAUCGAAUGUGCCGGAGUGUCUGCACAUUUUACCGGCGACGCUAAGGCAGACAUGGCACAGAGAUGUAUGGAUAACCUGCAGAUGCAUUUCCAACAAUAAAGUCAACUAAAUCACAAAGGUGAGUUUUGUUGAUGUUGUUGACUUAUGUGCUAAUCAGACAUAUUUGGUCGCAGCAUGACUGCCAGCUAAUUGAUGCUAACAUGCUAUUUGGGCUAGCUGUAUGUACAUUUGAAACUUUAUUUACAUCCAGUGUUUCCUCCACCCAUCGAUGGAUUUUAGUUUAUCCAGUGUUACAAGAUGCAAAACUUCCGAUCGUUGGUCUGCACAUUUUACCGGCGAUGCUAAGGCAAACAUGGCCGAAUAGCGUCAAUAGCUAUUCGCUCAAUAGCUUCAGUUUCUUCUUCAAUUUCGUUUUCGCUAUCUGCCUCCAUACUCCAACCAUCCGUUUCAAUACAUACGUAAUCUGUUGAAUCACUUAAGCCGCUGAAAUCCGAGUCUGAAUCCGAGCUAAUGUCGCUAUAUCUUGCUGUGCUAUCCGUAAUGGCAUCACUGGAUGACGUCACAGGAAAAUGGACGAUGGCUUCACAGAUAGCGAAAAUCAGGCACUUUAAAGCUUUUUUUUAGGGAUAUUCUGGGAUGGGUAAAAUAAAAAUAAAAACUUCAAAAAAUAAAAUAAGUCACUGGGAACUGAUUUUUAUUGGUUUUAACCCUUCUGAAAUUGUGAUAAUGUUCCCCUUUAAGUAUAUUUAUUAUUUUUGGCCACUCUAACAUUGCAGACAGUUUGAACAGUAACACUGUGUUUAAAUUUAGGAAAAUAAAACACUGUACUUUAAUCAAGUGAUUCCUUGGUGUACCACUAGAUGGAGCCCAUUACAACAGCUUGAGAAUCACUGAUCUGUAUGUUUAGGGUUAAGGGAAAGCUGGAGCCUAUCCAAGCAGACUUCACCCUAGACUGGUGGCAAACCAGUCACAUUGCUGUAUUUGUCAAGCCUCCUGAUUCGCUUGGGAAGCGCUCAUAUUUUGCUCUCUUUCCUGGCACCUUCUGGUUUUCAUAAAUUCCUGGCAAUAAUUCCCCAUAUUCUGUCUUGGACGGAAGAAAAAAACUCUCAGGUAGGGAUGUCCCAAUCAACAUUUUUGACACGAUUUUUUUUUGUUUGACUCAGAUCCGAAUGGAUUUGAAAUCCCAAUCCAAUACUUUGACAAUAGAUUAUAGAACUGAACAUGUUUCACACCAGGUAACUAAAGUAACCCAUUUUUUCUAAAUUAAAUGUAGAAUUUGCUAGUGUAUGUAUCAGAUUACAUAUUUAAUUAUUGAAUGCUAUAUACCAUUUUUUUGUUCAACAAAAUAGUGUGCCUGAUGCACAAUAACUUAACAAAAGUUAAAACUACAAUUGGCUUCCAUUUCAAUUAUUUGGAUAUUGCCCUCAAAGCCUUCCCAUAUCCAGAGACGUACUCCCUUAAUUUGCAAACUAUAACAAAAAACACCCAAUACAUUAUUUUAUCAAAAUAAAAACAACAACAACAAAAAAAUUUAACGGUUAGCUUCUUGGGUCGUCCUGCUCGGUGUUUGUGUGUUGCUUAGCCAUUCCUUUCCCUCGAGUCCUCCAGUAACAAUGGUACAAUAAAAAAAUAUUGAUUUACUAUAUGAAAUAUUUAUUUUCCCGUAAACUUUAUUUUCCGCCAUGGCGGUGAGGAUUAGUAUCUUCGAAAUGGUUCCGUGCUGUGGAUGGGGUUUGUUGCGGCUUCUUUUCAAAUUGGAGCUGGUGCUCCAGCAACAGUGACGUGCUGUCAGGGGAGGCAAGUGGGGCAGUGCCUCACCUGCCAUCAGGUGGCUUAACCAUGACAUGUUCCAAACUGAAGUAAUAAAAUAAAAUAACUUUUAAUAUUUAUCUUUUGGUUUAUGCUUUCUAUGUGAUUUUGGUGUGGUUCCUGUAUAUUUUGAUCAUUUUCAUGGUCAAAAUCGCGGAAAUUCAAUGUUUCCUGAUCCAAACAAUGCAGCAGACAAGAAGUGAGGCAGACACAGGCGGUGCCUCCACGGCUACACACAGUGUAUAUUGGGGGUGUGCGUGCGAGGGGGCGCAUACUUGUUGCUACGGGAAAAAGGCAGAUCAUGAAGCAGCAAGUACCUCUGCCUCAAGGUAGGGGGCGAUACAUUGUCAACUUGCAGUUCAAUGCCUCAGCAGUACUCUGACUCACCACACUGGGAGAAGUGGGGGCACUCAAGCUAGCAGACACAGGUCUCUCCAGCGGAAGCCAGCAAUUUUUUAUUUUCUUUUUUCUUAACUGUAUUUAUAACAAACAUGGCAUUUUUUAUUAGAGUAAGCCAGCGUUUGUGGGUGUUUUUUGUCAGAUGCAGAAAUAUUGUUUAAUUUCUUGGAAUGAAAUUGAAUUAAAUGAAUGUAUCUGCCAAUAUGGAGGAUUAUAUACUGUAUCCAAGAUAAAAUCGUUCUCUAAACUGGACUUUAAGACAAAAUUAAUGCGAUCAUACAAAGUAUGUUUUCAUGGAGGAUAACUAUUGCUGCUUCAGGUACAAAUACAGAAAGGUAAGAUACACUCACAAUACUUUGUUUAUUUUGGUAAAAGCAAAUGGGACCAAAAAGUAUUCAAUAACAAUUUUAUCAAAUACUUUUUGGACCCAUUUAUCAUAUCAUAAUAUCAUUAUGAUAACGUUUUUAUGAAAGUGAAUAAUUACCUUUUUUUUUCCUGUAACUCUAAUGUGCAACCUAAAUCAACAAUGACUAGAACGGCACAUAUGAAUUUAAGUUUAAAAAAAAAAAAAGGAGAAAAAAAAGUAUGUAUGCCUCACCUGGUGUUAAGUUCACCGCACGUCACUGUCCAGCAAGACAUGCACACUCCUGGAAAUCAUGCAACUCCUGCUUGUGUGUCGCAAGAAAUACGGAAAUGUAAUGUAAAGAUCAGGUUAAAAAGGAAAAUGUCGGCCCCUGAAUGGUGUCAGGACUAUAAUGUUGCCAAAGCAGCAAAACUUUCCGUCCACUCAGCAAAAUAAUGUCAGUCCAGAAAUAUUUUGGUGCACUGUUUAUAUACAUAUAACCAGAUUUUAUAGCUAAUUAAAAUAUUUAAGUAUAAUAUACAUAUGUAAUUUGAUAAGAAUAAAUCACUGUUUGCUGACAUAGUUCAAAUCUCCCCAAAAACUUGAUGUUAAAAUGACUUAAAUCACCAAGGUUUAGUCGCUCAUGAACACAUUUUUUAUAUGAGUAUCUCCUCCCCAACUGUACAAUUUACAUUAUUUUCC